AUGGAGCCGAGGCCAAAUCCGAGCGCAGCUGGCUGUCGUACGUCGGCCGGCUGUACGUCGUCCGACAGCUCAGCCAAAGGAGUUCGAUGCUGCUUCAAGUCGGCGAUGGGCAACAGCCGUCAGGACAGCGAGUGCGGCUCCAAGCUGGAACGUGACGUCAUCAAAUGCAUCCAUUCGAUGUGCGACCACGUUCAAGAGUUGUGCGUCAGCCAGGCGCUACCCAGAACACCAAAGAUUCUCUUCCUGAACCUGACUCUUCGCGGUGGCGGUAAGUACUGCGUCGAAGUGACGGAGGCCGGCUGGCGGGUGACGUCAUUACAUCACGACUCGAUGCAGGGGGACAUCCCAUCGCUGAUGUUGCACAUCAAAUACUUUGACUCGCUGAAAGCGCUCAUAGAUUACGUGUCGGCCACCGAAACACAACGCAAGAAAAGUCGACCGUUGCUCGUCGCAGCUGGCCAGUAA